CGGGGCUUCCGUGGGGCUUGAAGUGAGGCGGCGGGGGAGAGGCUGUAGUUGGCGUUGUGUGCUCUCUCAGCUGGGCGUCCUCAGGGCUGGUCCCGGGAUCUGCCGGCAGGAAACCUUUCAAACUCCUCAAAGAGAUCCUCCUCGCGCUAGAAAAAUCCUGAGUCCUGCCAUGACAGACAAGCUUCAGACUUCAUCUGCCACAUCUUCAGGGCAGUCGUCAAGAGCAAAAGAUGUUUUUUUUCCACCCGCUGAUAAUGAGGAAAUUGUUGAGCAGAGUGUGGCCGAAGAUGUACCAAAAGUUCAAGAAGAGAAGCUGGGAGGUGAAGCAGAAACUCAACUUCCAGGGAAAAGAAAAAGAGAAGAGGAGAAGCAAAUGAAACCAUCUAAAAGAUCUCCACCUAAGGUUGCUUCGUCUCAAGAUAAUUUGGUCUCCACUGUCAGCGGAAAAAAGUCAACGGCUGCAGAAGAAAUUAAACCUAGUUGCCCUGGAAUUGAAGGCACAGCAGAUGAGACAGCUGGUGCUCAACUGGAAGAGCUCUUUAGACCAUCACCAGAAGAGUUUGGAAUGGACAUAGACUAUCUGGAACAGUUUGGGUCUUCAUCAUUCAAAGAAUCAGCCUGGAGGAGACAGUCGCUGUAUUUGAAGUUUGACCCUCUGUUGAUAGACAGUCCAAACAAACCACGGUACUCUGAUGGUACUAUUGAAUUAAGUAAAGGAAUCAUCACAGCUCCAUCUCAGCCUGGGCCUGUUGCUGAUUUAAGUACAGUGCCUGAGGAAGCUGGAAAGCCUCUAGUGAGUCUUGAGAGUGACGAAAAAACAAAAGGACUACAUCUUCUGGGGACAUUUACAACUUCUACUGAUCCCCUAAUUCCGGACUUCCUGACCAGUGAUGUUCCUCCAGUCCCUUUUGCUACUUCCACAAACACUGCUGUGGAUGCUGUUAUAGAUGUGCCUAAAUAUACCCAAAAAGACAGGGAUGCAGCUAUUGAACUGCUGAAGAGAGAGGUUCAAGAGAAAGAGCUGGAGAUUGAGAAAUUGAAACAGAAGUAUAAUAAGCUUCAUACGGAGUACAAAGAAAAGGGAAAAAGAGUUGAUGAAUUGGAACAGAUAGCAAUACAAAUUAUGGAGGAUGCUCAGAAGCAGAAGGAAGCCUCAAGGAAAGAAAUACAGAAGCUGAUGGAAGAGAAGCAGCAAGCUAUUUCAGAUCUGAACUCUAUGGAGAAGUCCUUCUCUGAAAUCUUCAAACGACUUGAGAAACAGAAAGAGGUGUUAGAGGGUUACCACAAAAAUGAAGAAGUUCUGAAGAAAUGUGCAGAAGAUUUCUUGUCUAGAAUUAAAAAGCAGGAGCAGAGAUACCAGGCGCUGAAGGCCCACGCUGAAGAAAAGCUGCAGCAGGCCAAUGAGGAAAUUGCCCACGUCCACAGCAAAGCCAAGUCCGAGACUGCAGCACUGCAAGCCACUCUGCGCAAGGAGCAGAUGAGGAUCCAGUCUCUGGAGAGGAGCCUGCAACAAAAGGUCAGUCACAGCACCAUGGGUGAGUCUGCCCAAGCUAUUGCCUUGGCCUAAGAACUCCCUGGUGUCAGGGCUAGGAGGAGCCUUGCUGGCUGUGCUGGUUGGGAUGGCUGCUCUCCUGGUAGGCUUUGGGAAAUUACCAUUGAGACCUGAUAUAAGUGUCAUGUCAGGACUUGUCUGUAUGUUUAG